GUCUUGUGACUUGGUCAUUUGUCAUGGACGAUCGCAUCUUUGUAAGCUUAUAUAUUUUCUCAAUCAUAAAGUUUUGAUUCCUCGAGAACAGUUCGAUUUGUGAAAGAAAAGUCGUAAUGGCUGCCGUCACAGAAACUGGAGAGCUGUAUUCAUCUCCGGUUGCUUUCAUUUACAUCUUCAAUCUUAUUAUUGGGGUUGGAGCUCUAACGAUGCCCAAAGCUUUCGCAGGUGCUGGAUGGCUUGUUUCGUUGGUUUUGAUAGGAUUAUUAGCAUUUAUGAGCUUUGUUACAGCAACAUUCAUGGUAGAGGCAAUGGCUGCAGCUAAUGCACUGCUGAGAAUAAAAGCCAAGGAGAAACUGGAACAACAAGGAGUUGUCAAUAGGUAUACAGAGGCUGAGCAAGCUGAUGGUAGUCAUAGUGAGAAUGUUGAGGAUUUUGACAGCUUAGAUGGAGAAAAGGAGCCAUUAAUUGACUUUUCAAAAGAUAAACCUGAACAGCACCUCUAUGAAAUUACAACAAGAGUUGAAAUGGGACAAAUGGCAAAGAUGUUUUACAGUAAAAAUGGUCUGAGGUUGUUCUAUUUGUGCAUUGGUCUCUAUCUUUAUGGUGACUUAGCCAUUUAUGCUGCCGCAGUGCCCAAGUCUCUGACCUUAGUUUCUUGCAUAAUGCCUCAUUCUGAUUCACACCAAACAAUGAACCAGUCCCAUGUAGGUAACAUCUCUAAAUCCAAUAAAACUGAUGAUGAGUGCUGGGGUCAGAUUACUAAAGGCAAUGUCUAUAGGAUAUAUUUGUUGAUCUUCACCGUCACUCUUGGCCCAUUUACGUUCUUUAACCUACAAAAAACCAAGUACCUUCAGAUAAUAACAACAUUCAUGAGGUGGUUAG